ACUCACAUUAACAGCAACAACUGAGGGUUGGUAGGCUAUAUAUAUGGAGCUCUAUAACUAUUUCGUGAAACUAACACCAUUUAACUUGGAAGUGUUUCACUUCCAUAAGGUCUUGCUAGCCUUUUGUAUAAUCUACAUUUCAGCUGUUCUGAUUAAAUGGUCAAUUAAGAGAAAAUGGUGGAUGCGUGCCUUAGAGCAGUUUCCUGGGCCUCCUGGUCACUGGCUUCUUGGACACGUUACUCAGUUCAAGGAAGACGGAACAGAUUUAGAGAUGAUACCCAAAUGGGGAGAACAAUAUCCCUAUGCUUUCCCAAUACAGUUUAGCCCAGAUAGUUUAUUUCUGUUUGUCCAUCAUCCAUCUUAUGUCAAGCCCAUACUGGCAACAACAGGACCAAAGGAUGACUUUGGAUAUAGAUUUGUCCUCCCUUGGAUAGGAGAAGGUUUACUUGUUACGGCUGGACAGAAAUGGUUUCGUCACAGACGACUCCUCACACCAGGCUUCCAUUAUGAUAUCUUGAAGCCUUAUGUGAAAUUAAUGGGAGAUUCAGCACAAGUUAUGCUGGACAAGUGGGAAGUGUAUGCAAGAACAGAACAGACCUUUGAACUUUUUCAGCAUGUUAGUCUGAUGACAUUGGACAGCAUAAUGAAGUGUGCAUUUAGCUGCCAAAGCAACUGUCAGACAGAGAGCAGGUCCAACCCAUACAUAAAGGCAGUGUAUGAACUGUGCAACCUGGUGAACCUACGAUUUCGUGUCUUUCCAUAUCACAAUAAUAUCAUCUUUCACAUGAGUCCACAUGGCUACAGAUUCAGAAAAGCAUGCAAAAUUGCACACACCCAUACAGCGGAAGUCAUAAGGCAGAGAAGAGAAAUUUUAAAUAAUAAUAAGAAGAACCAGGAUGAUGCCCAGGGAAAGAGAUAUUUAGACUUUCUGGAUAUCCUUCUAUGUGCUCGUGAUGAGCAGCAUCAGGGCUUGUCAGAUGAAGCCAUCCAAGCCGAGGUGGACACUUUUAUGUUUGAGGGACACGACACUACUGCCAGUGGCAUCUCGUGGAUCUUCUACAGCAUGGCCUGCAAUCCUGAACAUCAGCAGAAGUGCAGAGAGGAGAUCCAACAAGUGUUGAUGGGAAAGGACACUAUUGAAUGGGAGGACCUCAGUAAAAUACCAUACACUACAAUGUGCAUUAAGGAAUCCCUGCGCAUGUAUCCUCCUGUUCCGGGAAUGGGACGAAAGUUGAGCAAACCUAUUACUUUUUUUGAUGGAAGAACAGUUCCUGCAGGUUGUGUUAUUGGAAUCAGUAUUUAUGGAGUUCAUCACAACCCUACAGUUUGGGAGAAUCCAAAGGUGUUUGAUCCACUGAGAUUUCUGCCAGAAAACACUGCUAAGAGAUCAUCCCAUGCCUUUGUGCCUUUCUCAGCUGGACCAAGAAACUGCAUUGGCCAGAACUUUGCUUUGAAUGAGCUGAAAGUGGUCGUGGCUAUGACACUGAAGAAGUAUGUUCUCAUCAAAGAUCCAGACCAUACUCCUAAGAUGGUCCCUCGACUAGUGCUCAGAUCUCUCAAUGGUAUACACCUCAAGAUCAAAUUAGUGGAAAAUGAACUCUAAGAAGAUAUAAAUAGUACAUAAUACAAAUCUUAUUUGUAUUGAACUGAUUCAUGAAUUUAAUUCCAUGAUGAAAGUGUACGUAAAUACCUUAUUAUACAAAUCGCAAUAUUAAUAAGUAGUAAUAUUAAGCAAUAUUAAUGAUUCUGAUGACUCCAUUUUAACGUAAUAGCCUGUUUAAUAAGAAAAUGUAUAAAAACCAUUGUUAAUAAUCCUCACCUAAUUUUGAAAGCUCUUCUCUUCAUUUUCAGUGUUUGUAUUGCAAUGUUCAAUACACGGAUGUAAAAUAUACAACAUAUUUUGUUUUAUGCUCAACAUAAAAGAAAAAAUCAGGAGAAAAGAUACAAUAAUAUCUUGGUAUAGAUUUAUAUACUGUUUUUGGUAUAAAAGCAAAAAUAAUUACUAGAAAAUAAUAAACAUGAAACGGCAAGGCUCAAAAAAUAUUUCGCCAUGUUUAGCAGGAAGGAACGUAAAUCUCUUAACCUAUAAUUCAUUGUCUAGUAUGGUCCAGCUGCCAGACAGUGACUAAAGUCAAGCACUAAGGCCAGCCAUGUCAUUCAUGUGCUAAAUGAGUUUAAGUUUCCAUAGUAACACAAAGGGGCCCUUUUUUUUUAAAUACAACCACGAUGAGCAGAAAAGCAUCUUGGAAAACACAACACGUCAGGUGGAUGGGCUACAACAGAAGAUGAACAGGUUCCACACUUGUCAUCCAAUAACAAGAAGCUGAGUUUUUCCUAAAUAAAACUAAUAUAAAUAUUCAAGGGAAAGUUACGCUUAACUGGGUUGAAAUUUCUGCAUUUGUUGUGUGAAUGUUAAACUCUAUACAGAUCAGAUCAUUUAAGGAGGCAAAAAGAAAACAGGAAAAGAAUUCUGUUGAUGGUUCAUGAGUCAUUUGAAAUGAGUAAAUUGAAAUUUGAACAAAAUAAUAUUUAAAAAAAAAUACAAAAAAAUUCAAGUAGCAGUCUUAAGUGGGUUAAAAUGAAGUUGUAUGUUGUAUUAUUGACAUUAGACCCAAGGUCACUAAUUGUCUGUCACAAACCAAGGUUUACUUUGCAAUCAUAUACUGCCAAUUAGGUAGUGCAAAGGUGUAGUUAAAAUGACCUAGCUAUGUUUAGUUGUCUUUCUUCCAAAGACAACUCUGAGCUCUCUCUCUCUCUCUCUCUCUCUCUCUCUCUCUCUCUCUCUCUCUCUUUUUUUGCUGCUGUUUUGUAAAUGCUGGAUAGCAUAAUAUAAUUCUCAUCUUUCUCCAAACUUUUUUGCUUAUUGUUCCUGUGUUGCUAGAGAAAUGGUUCAUCAUGGCAUAUUUGUAUCGUUGCCUUGUACUUGUACAUGUGUAAUGACAAUAAAGUUGAAUCUAAUCUA